AUGUCACAAGAUAACAUCCAAACCUUCACAACUCCAAUAGAUUCUUCGGAGAACCAACAUUUAGUUUCGAAUAACAUUUCUGGUCUUAAUGGCCUUCCACAUCAUUUAUUAGAAACCAUGAUAACUAACAUUGGAGUUAGUGUUGCUGAUCUUUCCAAGAAGCAUGUUGUUUUGUUGGUGUUUCUUCGAUAUUUUGGAUGUGUUUUCUGUCAGAGAAGUAUUGUGGAUAUUGUAAAUAGUUUAUCCAGCUUGAUUAAACUAAACUGUAUACCUGUUUUUGUACAUCAGGAAAGUGAGCAAGAGGCAGAUGAAUUCUUUUCACGGGCUGGAAUGCCAAAACCACUUUCGAACAAACAAUUCGAAACUUCACAAGAUUCGUCCAACUCUGAACUCAACAAAGAAUCAAGUGAACCAACGAGGAGAAUUGAUGAGUAA